AGGAACCGACCAUACAGGAGGACGCAGUUUAAUCAGGCAGCUGUACUGUUGACAACAACCGCCGGGCAAACGAUUUCAGUCGGUUGACUCGUUGUCAUGGAGCGAUGCUUUAGUGUCAGCAGGGAUGACUCUGCUCCUUGCUCCCCACCUCCUUCAGCAUCGCCUCCUUCCCCUCCUCAAGUCCCCCCUUCUCCUCGUCAUCCCCCUCCUCUUCCUCCCUCCUCUCCCUCGGCAGCCCUGACUCCUCCUCCCCGACAAGGAAGGCUGAAUUGCGCUGGAGCCAUGGUGGACGUCAGUAAGUGGCCCCUCUUCUCUCUGCUGAGCACUGAGGAACUGGCCACAGUUCGACAGGCCUGCGUCUUUGGGACCUCUGCUAAUGAAGUCAUCUACAUCACACAUGGCAAUGAGGUAUUUGGGUUUGGGUUGAACAGCAGUAGCUGCCUUGGCACAGGUGACAGUCUGAGCACCAUUGUGCCAAAGAAACUGGACUUCCUGCGGGGGAAAAAGGUAGUCAGCCUGAGCUAUGGCAGCGGGCCCCACGUCCUAUUGGCUACUGAUGAUGGACAGCUGUUUGCUUGGGGCCACAAUGGCUACAGUCAGAUGGGGAACGGGACUACCAACCAGGGAAUGUCCCCGGUGCUGGUCACCGCCAACCUGCAGAACAAGAAAGUGAGAGAAGUGGCGUGUGGCUCACAUCACUCCAUGGCCCUCACUCACGAUGGAGAGGUCUUUGCAUGGGGUUACAAUAACUGUGGCCAGAUUGGCUCAGGCUCCACAGCAAACCAGCCCUACCCCAGGAAAGUCACCGGCUGCCUGCAGGGCAAGUCUGCAGUCGCCAUCACGUGUGGGCAGACCUCCUCCAUGGCUGUGAUCGACAACGGAGAGGUUUAUGGCUGGGGCUACAACGGUAAUGGACAGCUGGGUAUCGGAAACAACGGAAACCAGCUGACACCUUGCCGCCUCACUGCCCUCCAAGGGCUGUGUAUUCAACAGGUGAGAGAGCAACUCAAUAAUGGCCAUCACAUAAUUGCCUAUGGGCCUGACUCAGCCAUGACUCAAGUGUUCCCUGUUUUCCAGAUUGUAUCAGGCUACGGCCACUGCCUGGCACUAACAGACGAAGGGCUGCUCUACGCCUGGGGAGCUAACACUUACGGUCAACUGGGAACUGGCAACAAAAGCAACCACCUCAGCCCCGUACAAAUCAUGGCUGACAAAGAGAGGAUUGUAGAGGUCGCAGCGUGCCAUUCAACACAUACUUCAGCAGCCAAGACCCAAAGCGGGCAGGUGUAUAUGUGGGGUCAGUGUCGGGGUCAGUCCAUCGUCAUGCCACACCUCACACACUUCAUCAACACUGACGACGUCUUCGCCUGCUUCGCCACGCCCUCCGUCAUGUGGAGGCUCAUGUCUAUGGAGCAUGACGACUUCCUGACGGUUGCGGAGGCUCUGAGGAAAGAGUUUGACAGCCCAGAAACAGCCGACCUAAAAUUCAGCGUCGAAGGCAAAUGCAUACACGUUCACAAAGCUGUGCUGAAGAUCAGGUGUGAGCAUUUCCGGUCCAUGUUUCGCUCCCAGUGGACGGAGGAUCAGCAGGAUGUGAUAGAGAUCGGCCAGUUCUCUUACCCAGUCUACAGAUCCUUCCUGCAGUUCCUCUACACAGACACCGUUGACCUUCCACCUGAGGACGCCAUCGGCCUGCUGGACCUGGCCACCUCUUACUGUGAAAACCGCCUGAAACGUCUGUGUCAGCAGAUCAUCAAGAGAGGAAUCACUGUCGAAAACGCCUUCACCCUGCUGUCUGCUGCCAUACGAUACGACGCCGAGGACCUGGAAGUGUUUUGUUUCAGGUUCUGCGUAAACCAUCUGACUCAGGUGACUCAGACCGGGGCCUUCUGGCAGGUGGACGGAGGAAUGCUCAAGGAGUUUAUCAGCAAAGCUAGCCGCUGCGGGGCCUUCAAGAACUGAGUGGUACUCUUGUGGGUUUUUUUUUUUUUUUACAAACUAUAUUCUGACCAAGUGGAUGUGGUUGUGCUCCGAGUGUAGCAGCGGGUCACCGCUCCUAAAAUAUCAGUUCUGAUCACAUUCCUAAGCCCUGUUUUGAAAUGUUUAAUAACAUAUGCUCACAGAGGCACACGUUGACACAUACGCAGCAUCAUUCACAAGAUGUCGGACUGGAAUUUAAGCUGCAUUAUCCGUGGAUCUGAAAUCAGCACUUUGGCCAAUUCCUGUGGAGUCACUCGUCAAAGUCCUGACGCCUUUUCCUGUCGCACUACAUCGUAUUCUUUACAUGCUGUAUGUAUACUUGAAUUUUUGUUUGUUUUCUCGGCCAGCGCUUACACAUCCUGACACGUCCUCCUUUUACUUCUGGAAAGGUUAAUAUAGGAGACCAGAAACCUGGAAGGGAUAGGAAACUAGUUCAAAGAACAGUCUGUCUUUGUUAGGGAACUGAAAGAGAUGUUUUGUUGAAAGAGGUUGGAUAACUGACUUGAUAACACUGGCCAGGACAUUAAUACCACUGUACUGAAACACAUCCUUGAAUUACUGCUGCUUUCCUUUUCUGUCAUUUUCAAUUUGCAUUCUUGAUGUUCAGGCAAAAGUAGCUCUUGGAAGUCUUACUGUUUAAGCUAUUGAGUCCCAUUCAGUGGAGACAGUUGGUCCUAUGUGUGGUUAUGGGUCACUUGGUUGGUUUUUUAAAAUCUUGCUGGUAUUUUGUACAUUAUGGAAGUUCAAAACGAUUGUGGGAUGUAUAUUAUUUUCCACUUCAUGUUUUCUUUCGGUAUACUCAUUCUGCCUGACUUAAAUGUUUUGCUCUAAAGCACUUUAAGAAAGUACAAAUGGUUUGGCUUCAUAUUCAGUAAAACUUUAAUAUUUUAGUUAUCUAAUGUGCUAUGGAAGGGAAGACUAGACAACUGAGUUAAACAAUGUUGCACUCAAGGUUUUACAAAAGCAACAGUAAACAUUUCAUGCACUGUUACAUCACUAGCAGCGUCCUUCCUUUCUUGCAAGUGUAAAAGUUGUAAAGUGUAUCCAAGGUAGGUGGUAUGUUACAGCAGACGCUUUAUAUUUAAAGAAUAACGUAUUUUCCCUAUGACACUGGGACCUUUUUAACGAACUGAUCCGAGGUGACUGUGUGCAUCGGUUUGGCACACGUUUAAAGAAACACACGGGCAACAUGGCAAACUCAUUAAGACCAAAAUGAGUCCUUCUCAUCACGUUUUUCUGUAGAUGCAGUGAAAAUGCACUGAAGAAACUGCAAACUAAAGCAAUAUGAACACUUUGAAAUGCUCUGUAAAAAUAUGUGAGACGUUUGGUUUUAAUAUUAUGUUUGCUCGGGCUCAUGAUGACCAAAAUACGCCUGCCUGCCUGUCCUAGUUUUUUUCUUUCUGCUGCAUCACCAGGCAUUGUAAGAAAAUGUUAGAGUAUAUCGAGAGACAAGAGUGUUAUUGACCGGGUCAGCUGGCAGCAACACUGGUGAGAUCAGUUUCUGUUUCCUCUGUUAGGUUUCUAUUUCACGAGGCACUCUGAUGCUUGAAAGAACCAUUUUAAUUGGGUUUGAACUUGGAUCUCUGUUUAUUAUAAAAGCACAGUUUCAUUCAGGUUAGAAAAUGUUUUUGGUGCGUUGAGGUUAGGUUUCUGUGGCUGUUGAUGCUUUAGUGGAAUGACGAGCAGGUUUACAGUUUUCUUCUUGUUUUAUAUAAAAAGCAAACUGGAAAAAAUAAGAUUGUUUUGCUUACUGUAAGAAUAUAAAAAAAAUAUAUAUAUUUUUACUGUGCUUUGUUAAGCUCUUAUUUACAUUGGACAAGUUGGUUUGAAUCCAGCUCAUAGCCUAAUGGUUUACUUUGAGGUGAUCAGCAUUACAAUUUUUGGAUUUGUAUGACCUUUUUUUGUUGUGACAUGUUAUUUUGCUUUUAUAUUUAGCUAUGGGAUGACAUGUUUCUGUAAAGAAAUAAACAACUCCAAGCUCUGCUUGUUUUCAUAUAAUACA